AUGGCCUUUAUUGACACUUACAGGCUGGGACGGAAUAGCGGUGACCACACAGCAAGGGCAGAAGGGAGGAAAACGCGAUCGCUGCGAAGAGGGCGCGUGAGGCUUGCACAACCACGAUCCCCUGCCCCGCAGGGCAGCAGUCCUACCGGCCCUGCAAGAGCCAGAGCACCGAGCACCCGCCCCGUCAGCAACAGGCCGACAGCCGACACCGACCGCAAAGUUAAUAUUGGUCCGCAGCCGGCAACGCAGCGGCUGCCGCGCGCCGAUAAGAACGCCGAGCUGCGCCUAGCGCAGCGAAAGCCAGGGCCGCUCCCGCCCGCGCACCGGGGCUCGGCCUCGCCGGCGCCGGCACCUCCGGGCCCGACUCACUGCGAGGCCGCCGCCCUCUUCCGCCCCGCCCACGCCCGGCCGCCCGCGCAUGCGCAGCCGCUCGGGGCUUCCGGUAAUGGGGAAGGUGCUGAUGGUGCGGCGGGGCGGGCGGGUGGCGGAGCGGCGGCGAUGAUGAUGAUGGCGGCGGCGGCGGCGUCGUUGGUGUCCUGCCUCCUGGCCGCGCUGCCCUUACGCUGCGCAGGCCAAACUAAUCUGAAGAGUCCAGAGGAUAUUCAGGUCUAUGUUGUAAAUUCAAAUUUUACUCUAAGGUGGAACUACACUGGGAAGGAUACCAAUGUGACAUUUUCAGCAGAAUUCCGGUGGUUUGAAGAUUCUGAGACAAGUAAAGCAGAAUGGAAAGAGUUGCCUGGUUGUCAAAAAGUUACUCUGACGGAAUGUGACUUUUCCUCAGCAAUAACCAAAUACUAUGAUACACAUCAUGUGCGUAUAAGGACUGAAAGAAGGGAAGAAGUGUCUCCAUGGUCUAGUGUUUUUGAAAUGAUUCCGUAUUGGAUAGCUCAGAUCGGUCCCCCAGGAAUGGAGUUGCAGUCUACAAACGGAGUCAUAAAAAUCAGUGUUUUUCCUCCAGAAGGAGAAAUAUGGAUAAAUCCUCUAAAUUUUAAAUAUAAUCUAGUUAUCUGGGAAAAUUCAUCAAAUGCAGAAUUCAGAAGUCAAAGUAUUUUUCCCACUGACAUAAUUGAUGAUCUUGUGCCAGGCACUACCUACUGUUUGAAAGUUCAAGCAACUAUUCUUUUGGACUUCAAAGAAGGCUUAUUCAGUCCCAUUCAUUGUGUAAAAACUACCCGUAAAGUGAGUGACCCACUCUGUGCAACAAAUGUGAGAAUUCUUGCUUUGAAUAUGAAAUUUCAUCUGCGUUGGAAUAAUCAGUAUAAAAAACAUGUGAGCUACAAUGUACAGUAUCUCACUGGGUAUCUAAAGCAAUUUCCUGGUGAUUAUUCAGUGAAGUGGCUCAAUAUACCCAGAUGUGAAAAUAUCACUGAUACACAAUGUAAUCUCUCAUCUAUUGUCACUGCUACUUCUGGAUUAUAUUAUUUCCGUGUACAGGCCAUGAGUGAAUAUAAUAGAUCAUGUUUGUCUGACGAAGUAAAAGUAGAUCCUCUGAUAACAAAUGAAAUCGGCCCUCCUGCUGUAAAGGUGGACAUCAGUGAUGUUUUGCUCCAUAUCCAGAUUUUUCCUCCAGGAGGAUCUGAGAGUGAGGUCAUGAGGGACAAUUAUGACUUGUCUUACCGGGUUCUGUAUUGGAAGAAUUCAUCAGAUAACGAGGAGAAAAUAAAAAUUAAAGAGAUAAAACAGACAAUAGGGACAGUCUCUGAUCUAGCACCCUCAACUUUAUACUGUGUAAAAGUACAAGCAUUCUCAGAAAUUUACAACAAAAGCAGUCCAUACAGCAAAGAGGAAUGCAUCAAAACACCUGGAGAUAAAAUAUUACCUCUGAUCAUUUUAGCAACAUUUGUAACUGCCCUGGUUGCUGUCUGUCUUGUGGCUACAGCACUUGUUUUUGCCCUGUAUCAAGCCUACAAUAAAAUCAAAUAUGUGUUCUUUCCAUCAUGCCAGCCUCCUUUGAACAUAGAGGGUUUUGGAGGACAGCUCUUUAGCAGUCCUUAUCUGUCAACUACAGAAGAACUGAUAGAGAAUUGUUAUGUAAUUGAGACUGUCAUCACAGAAGUAAAUCAAGUUGAUUUUAAAGACUACAAGCAUUCUAAAGAGAGCAGUCGAGAUUCAGGAAAUUAUUCUAACGAUGACGAUACUUCAGGGAGCAAAGUGUCAGAAGAAAUGUUAGAAAAUGAAAUAGUGUAACUUUUAAGAAAAUAAAAUUCAUACAUGGGACUGGAAGCAUAAUAAACACUUAAAACUUUUUUUAUUAUGAAAGUCGCAGCCUAAGGAAGACAGUCUGGCUUUGGGAUCUUUAUCUUCAGGUUUCCAAAUCUGCACUUUGUUAGUGGGAAUUUGCAUACCCUGUCUGCUGCAAGCUGACUGACGUCAAAACACAGUUGACUCCUCGUACCUUAACACCAUUGUGAUUGACUUUUCAUCAUGUGAUAGAAAGAAUACCAUCUGCAUAAAGAGGAGCAGAUCUGUACACUUUAUAUACUUGAACCUGAUAACCUCAAUGAAAGCCUACUCUGUUUCAGAAGAAUUCCUUGCUACCUUAGAGGUUUUGAAUGCCAGUGUGUACUGUGACAGAAGCCUUAAAUUCCAGUGUUGAGUGUUAUGAUGUUUACACAGGCAGAAGGAAAUUGCCUGAUGCAAUUAAAGAACUUUUCUGUCAUUCUCUUCGAGCCCUCUCAGGGACAGUGCUUUUUGGCUCAGCAGGUCUGGAGCAAAAGAUCCAAAGAGACCAACGCUGAGGUGGCGGCUCUGAGCCUCCUUGCAGAAUUCCUUGUGGCCGUGGCUGUGGGAUCUGCCCAGUGCCCGCUUGCUUGUUCGUGUCUCUGUGUCUCUGCAUCAGGAUGCUCUUCUCCCACAGGACUCGGUAAUCUGGGCAAGUACGGGGAGGGGAAAAGGCAGGAAGGAGGUUCACUUCACUUUACUAUAAAGAAAAAUUGCGUAGCAGAAGCUCUUUGUAAAUAGAGCUUGAAUCAAAUUGUUUUGCACUGCAUUUAGUAUAAAAAGCAACAAAUGUCCCAGCCAAAUGUACACUGCAAGAAGAAACUAAAUAAUACUGUUACUUUAAUGUCAUGUUUAAAGCAUAAUCUUGAUUAUUUUUUUCCCAUGGCUAGAUAACCAGAAGUGUAAAAUACUUACUUGUAAUUGAAUUGUGUUUAGAAAUGUGAAUCUCUUUUAUCAAGGAAGAAACUUAUUUCUGUAAUUAGAAGGACCCAGGAUGAAUUUAGAAAAUGCCUUUUAACAAACGGUAGGGAUGCCUGUUAUUCAGAGCUUUCUCAGCUGCUUCAUUUUGCCAACAGACUUCUCUUUGUACAAAUUAUAAGGAUAUGCUGCAAUAAUGUCUCUAUUUGCAUACCACUUUCUUAUGAAGUAAUUUUUAAAAGUAGCUUAUUUUUUAUGAAGAAAUUGAUCUAGAGUAAACCGGAUUUGAGCUUCAUGUGGACAGCUGUUUAUUGUAACAAGUAACUGUUGGUGUUAUAUAUAUAUAUUUUUUUUUUAUUUUGAAGAUGUGAUCUAAUUUUAUAAAUUUUAUGUCCCUGUGUUCAUUGAAGAACAUAAUAAAUUUUGCACAUUUACUACUUUAUCCCUUUUUUCAUUGCAUGUAUUUUUGAUGUAGUAACAUUGAAGCUAUACCAUGGAUACUUA